AUGGCUGCUCCAGUCACUACGAUCGACGUAUUUGCUCCUCGGAUCGACCAACCCAAACUGUAUCCUGAACUUGACUCCGGCAACGCACUCAUGGCACAAGGUGAAGCUGCUUUCUACAAUCUCAUCGCGGAGCAACUUGAGCCGGCAUUUGGACAUGAACUCCCGCAAAUGGAGAUUCGAUGCAAGAAUCUUUCCGUCGUUGCUGACGUCUCAGUCAUCGAGCGAAAAUCGAGGACUUCACAUUCCGAGCUUCCUUCCGUCUACAACAGCAUCAAGCACAUGCUACAAAAGCUCACAGCUUCAAGAAACGUCACAAAGCGACUCGUGCUCGACAGAGUAGACGCUGUUUUUGAGCCAGGCACCAUCACACUGUUGCUCGGUCAACCCGGUUCCGGCAAGACAUCGCUGAUGAAGGUGCUGAGUGGCCAGUUCCCCAUCGAGAAUAACAUCACACUUGAGGGCGACGUCUUGUACAAUGGACGUGCGAUGAACGAGUUGCUUCCGAAGCUGCCACAACUUGUGGCGUACGUUCCUCAGACAGACGAGCACUUCCCAACGCUGUCAGUAGAGGAGACACUCGAGUUUGCGCAUGCAUGCUGCAAGGAAGAGGUGGUGGCAGAGCGUGGCAAGAAUCUGCUAUCCCAUGGCACGCCCGAGCAGAACGAAGCGGCGCUUCGUGUUACAGAGUCGCUUUUCAAGAACUAUCCGGAUGUCAUACUGCAGCAGCUUGGUCUACAGACAUGUCGAGACACAAUCAUCGGAAACACGAUGAAGCGCGGAGUAUCGGGCGGAGAACGUCGACGCGUGUCGAUCGGCGAGAUGGAGUUCGGUAUGAAGUACGCGACGUUCAUGGACGAGAUCAGCACGGGUCUUGACAGUGCUGCUACUUUCGACAUCGUAAGCACGCAGCGUGACAUCGCCAAGAAGCUACACAAGACAGUGGUCAUGGCGUUGCUGCAGCCUACGCCCGAGGUAUUCGGGCUCUUCGAUAACGUUCUGCUGCUGAACGAUGGCCAGGUCAUGUAUCAUGGACCACGCGACAAUGUCCUGCCAUACUUCGAAAGUCUGGGCUUUGUGUGCCCACCCGACCGCGACGUCGCCGACUACCUUCUGGAUCUAGGCACUGAUGAGCAGUACCAGUACGAAAUGACGAAAUCAAGCAGCAAUCACGCAUCAUUUCCGAUCCAGGCCCCUCGAUUUCCAAGUGAAUUUGCCGACCGAUUCCGCCAGUCGAUUUUGCACCAGGACAUCGACCAAGCUUUGGACGCCCAAUGGAGCAGUGAGCGUGUUCGCGAUGCUGAGCAGCACUUUGAUACGACAUCCGAGUUUCGACAGUCGUUCUGGAGCGGGACCCUGACUUUGAUGCGCCGGCAAAUGCUUCUCGCUGUUCGUAAUACGGCUUUUAUGCGUGCGCGGGCAUUGAUGAUUGUGAUCAUGGGAUACAUCUAUGGCAGCACUUUCGCCAACUUUGACCCCACAAACGCGCAGGUGGCGUUAGGCGUUUUGUUCCAGACGACGGUGUUUUUGGCAAUGGGCCAGGCAUCACAAACCCCGGUGUUUAUUGCAGCCCGCGACAUCUAUUACAAACACCGGCGCGCCAAUUUUUAUCGCACCUCAUCGUUUGCAAUCGCGUGUCUGGCAGCUCUCGUGCCUCUUGCUAUAGUGGAGUGCUUGGUUUUCAGUUGCUUCGCGUACAUCAUGUGCGGCUUCGUCGGCGAAGUGAGCAACUUCUUGUUUUUCUUGCUGUGCAUGGUCCUGACCAACCUUGCACUGUGUGCAUGGUUCUUCGCACUGACGGCAAUGGCUCCCAGUUCCGAUAUCGCCAAACCUUGCUCCAUCCUUUCCAUGGCGAUCUACGUCGUUUUCGCUGGUUUCAUUGUCCCCCACAGUCGAAUUCCCGAUUGUCUAGCCUGGUUGUACUGGAUCAAUCCUCUUGCUUGGAGUCUGCGUGCAGUGGCGGUGAACCAGUAUCGAUCCUCAGAGCUUGACGUUUGCGAAUACGCGGGUGAAGACUACUGCGCAAAAUACAACAUGACCAUGGGCGAGUACUCGUUAUCACUGUACGACAUUCCGUCAGGCAAAGGGUGGCAAAGGGCGGGCGUUGUUUUCCUUCUGUUCACAAUCGCCUUCUUUGCGGCGGUCGGUAGCUGUGUCCUCGAGUAUAAGCGAUAUGACGUUCCUGUUGACACGAAUGUGCUUGUUUGGAGCUCCGACGAUGACGAAAAAAGCAGCAAGCUCGACGAUACUUCGGAAGAGCAGGAGCAGUCCGACGACCAAGACGAGACAACCAAUUAUGUCAUGGUCACUACCCCACGGCCUGAUAGCAAUUCGCGAUCAUACAUGGACUCACAGGCCGACACGGUUACUAUCGAUAUGAACCGAGAGCAUGAAGGGUUCGUACCCGUGACGCUGGCAUUCGUAGACCUCUGGUACUCAGUCCCGUCACCCCGCCACAAGCACGAAAGCAUUGACUUGCUCAAGGGUGUCACUGGCUAUGCGCUACCAGGCACGAUGACUGCACUCAUGGGGUCAUCGGGAGCCGGGAAAACAACGCUGGUGGACGUGAUCGCUGGCCGUAAGACGGGAGGCACGGUUCGUGGUGACGUCCUGCUUAACGGAUAUCCCGCGACUCAGCUCGCGAUUCGCCGUUGUACAGGGUACUGCGAGCAGCAGGAUGUUCAUUCGGAAGGAGCCACGAUCCGAGAAGCACUAACGUUCAGCGCAUUUUUGCGCCAAGACAGCAAAGUGUCGGAGCAAGCCAAGUUGGCAUCCGUCGAGGAAUGCCUGGAUUUGCUCGAUUUGCGCGCAAUAGCCGACAAGAUCAUUCGUGGACGCUCACAAGAGCAGAUGAAGCGUUUGACCAUCGGUGUGGAGCUAGCAGCACAGCCUAGUGUGCUUUUCUUGGACGAACCUACUAGUGGUCUGGAUGCUCACUCUGCCAAGGCCAUCAUGAAUGGCGUGCGUAAGGUGGCUAGCAGUGGCCGCACUGUCGUGUGCACGAUUCACCAACCGUCAUCAGACGUCUUCUUCCUGUUCGAUAGUCUGCUGCUACUGAAGUGUGGCGGCGAGAUGGUUUUCUUUGGUGAUCUGGACAACGUUCAGCCCGAUGAACGCAUGUGUGGGCAUCUCGUCGAUUACUUCGAGGCCAUUCCAGAGGUCCCACCUUUACCUCUAGGCCAGAAUCCGGCUACGUGGAUGCUGGAGUGUAUCGGUGCUGGAGUUGCCGGCGCAGGUGAGAAGGUCAUUACCGAUGCAGCAGCGGAUGUGGAUUUCGUGCAGCACUUCCGCGACAGCAUGGAGCACCAAGUGUUGCUGGCUGAUCUGGCUGAACCUGGCGUGACAACCCCUGCACCCGACAGUCUACCGGAGCUAGUGUUCCAGCACAAGCGCGCCGCCACUUCCUGGAUGCAACUCCGAAUGAUCAUGCAGCGAUUCCAAUCCAUCUACUGGCGGACACCGUCGUACAACUUGACUCGAUGUUGGCUUGCGCUUAUCCUGGCCAUCAUCUUCGGUCUCGUGCUCAUCAACGCCGACUACACAACGUACCAAGGACUGAACUCAGCCGUGGGUAUCAUCUUCAUGACGACACUGUAUCAAGGAUACGUGACGUACGUCGCUUGUCUGCCCUUCACCCUGCGAGAACGAGCUGUCUACUACCGCGAGCGCGACGCGCAGACGUACAACACUCUCUGGUACUUCCUCGGCAUCACGUUCGUCGAGCUCCCCUACGUCUUUGGCAGCAGUCUCCUCUUCACCAUAGUCUUCUUCCCUCUGCUCGGCAUCUGGUCCUUCAGCACGGCUGUGCUCUACUGGCUCAACAUCUCCCUCUCCGUGCUCAUGCAGACGUUCCUGGGCCAGCUGCUCGUCUACUUGCUGUCCAGUGGCGAAGUCGUUGCCGUCGUGGGCGUCCUCAUUAACGCCAUUUUCCUGCUCUUUGCCGGCUUCAACCCGCCUGCUACUGCCAUCCCGGACCGCUACCGAUGGCUCUAUGACGUCACUCCACAGCGCUAUUCCCUCUCGAUCCUCGUCUCGCUCGUGUUUGGCAACUGUCCUGAAGAUCCAGUGUAUGAUGAGGUUACGAAGGGGUACACCAACGUGCGGUCGGAACUCGCGUGCCAACCUCUACGGAAUGCCCCGCCGUCAGUGGGUGACACGACGGUCAAGCGCUACCUGGACGACACCUUCAACAUCAAACACAGCGACAUGUGGACCGACUUUUGCUACGUCUUGCUCUUCCUCGCGGUCUUUCGGGUACUGGCGCUACUGGCGCUGCGCUACGUGAACCACCAGAAGCGCUAG